AGACUUUUUGAUGAAAUGAUCUCAUGACGUUUUAGCCCGUCUCCAGCAGAUCCGCGUGUUGCAGAAGCUGCUCAUAUAAAAGUGGAAGCGUUCUGUGAAACGGGUAACUGUUGUGAAAGAUUCUUUGACGUCUGUGCACAACUUCUAUUUCUACAAAAUGCGCGAGUGUAUUUCCAUCCAUGUUGGUCAAGCUGGUGUUCAGAUUGGUAAUGCUUGUUGGGAGUUGUACUGUCUCGAGCAUGGAAUCCAGCCAGAUGGACAGAUGCCAAGUGAUAAGACAAUUGGAGGCGGUGAUGACUCCUUCAAUACAUUUUUCAGCGAGACAGGAGCUGGAAAGCAUGUUCCAAGAGCAGUUUUUGUUGACUUGGAACCAACAGUUGUAGAUGAGGUUCGAACUGGUACCUACCGCCAGUUGUUCCAUCCAGAGCAGCUAAUAACUGGCAAGGAGGACGCUGCAAAUAACUAUGCUAGAGGACAUUAUACCAUCGGAAAGGAAAUUGUGGAUCUUGUUCUUGACCGCAUCAGAAAACUGGCUGACCAGUGCACAGGACUGCAGGGAUUCCUGAUCUUCCACAGUUUUGGUGGAGGCACUGGAUCUGGUUUUGCAUCUCUCCUCAUGGAAAGACUGUCUGUUGACUAUGGCAAGAAAUCAAAACUUGAGUUUGCAAUCUACCCAGCUCCACAGGUGUCCACAGCUGUUGUUGAGCCAUAUAAUUCUAUCUUGACAACCCACACAACGUUGGAGCACUCCGACUGUGCCUUCAUGGUGGACAAUGAAGCUAUCUAUGACAUCUGCAGAAGGAAUCUAGACAUAGAGCGACCAACAUACACCAACCUCAAUAGGCUGAUAGGACAGAUUGUCAGCUCGAUUACUGCCUCUCUACGCUUUGAUGGUGCCUUAAAUGUAGAUUUGACAGAAUUCCAGACUAACUUGGUACCAUAUCCAAGGAUUCAUUUCCCACUGGUAACCUAUGCGCCUGUCAUCUCUGCUGAGAAGGCCUACCAUGAACAGCUGUCGGUGGCAGAGAUCACAAAUGCUUGUUUCGAGCCAGCCAACCAGAUGGUAAAGUGUGAUCCUCGUCACGGCAAGUACAUGGCCUGCUGCAUGCUUUACAGAGGUGAUGUUGUUCCCAAGGACGUUAAUGCUGCCAUUGCUACUAUCAAAACAAAGAGAACCAUUCAGUUUGUUGACUGGUGUCCAACUGGAUUCAAGGUCGGCAUCAAUUACCAACCACCAUGUGUUGUUCCGGGAGGUGAUCUGGCUAAGGUACAGCGUGCAGUGUGCAUGUUGAGCAACACAACCGCUAUUGCAGAGGCAUGGGCUCGUCUUGACCACAAGUUUGACUUGAUGUAUGCUAAACGUGCCUUUGUGCACUGGUAUGUUGGUGAAGGUAUGGAGGAAGGCGAGUUUUCUGAGGCCAGAGAGGACUUGGCAGCUCUUGAGAAGGACUACGAGGAGGUGGGAGUGGACAGUGUUGAGGGAGAGGCUGAGGAAGAGGGUGGAGAUGAAUACUAGACCUCAAUGUAUUUAAUUGGAAGUUGUUGAAAUAAACUUGUUAAAUAAUA